AUGGCUGGUAUCCAGUCCGAGGCGCUGAUCGCUGUCGAGUGGUUGUUACUCGGCAUUGCACUUGUGCUCAUACUUGCCCGACUCAAUUUGCGAAUCAAUCACCUCAAGGCAGGGUUCGUUCUCGGCGAUGUCUUCAUUCUUGCAGCAUUUGCUGCUGCAGUUUCUUUAAAUGCUGUGGACAUCACGCUAUAUCAUCGAGGGAUCUACGAAGCGGACAUCGACUUCAAAAUGACUACUUGGGUGGCAACGGAAGAAGAGUCAACUAUUGUUUAUAGGACGCUCUACUACCUAUAUUUUCCAUUCUACCUUGAACAGUAUUUCAACAAAGGCACGCUCAUCGCUUUAUAUUACGAAGUUUUUGGUGGUGGCUCUCGCAAGAUUAAAGUCUCACUAGCUGCGCUCACCUUCUAUUGCAUAUCUGGAUUCAUCACGACUAUCUGCAUUAUACUAUUCUUGUGCGAGUGGGGAUGCUACUGGUCAUAUGAUAAUCCAUGCCCGCAACGCUGUUGGAAAGUCAGUGAUAACCUGGGCUGGGCUUUUCACUUCUCAUCUGAUAUCUUUAUCUUCAUUCUUCCACUUGUCUGCAUUAGCAAGCUGAAUAUGACAAAAGCACAAAAGAUCAGUGCUAGUAUUACCUUUUGCAUUGGAUUUAUCAAUAUUUCAAUCACUUUCGCGAGAUGGCUUGUUGUUCAAGCCGUAUUCACUUCAGUACCAGCUCUCAAUACGGGACAGGCAAUGGCAAUUGCUGACGGACACAUCGGCCUCAUCGUCAGCAUUCUACCUUCACUCCGACCUUAUCUACGAAUCUGGUCAAAGAAGCGUCAAGACGCCAAGUCAUCUAGGAGCACUACCGAAUCAGAUUACAGUACUAAAUAA